AUGAAGAUCAGCGGAGUGUUUCUACUCUUGUUGGUCCUGUGCGUAGUCUACGCCACCGCCAGGCGGGUGGAGUACAAGAGGGGACAGGGAGAAAUUAAGUCGAUGCGCCUGGGGGCCGGUUUCGGUACCCCUCUCCAGGGCAAGGACGUCGACUCACAGAACCUCCGCUCCAAACCCACCAAGGAAAGGGUGGAGCAGAUGCUCUCCAAGCCCUCAGAAAAGAAGCACCUGUCCUCCUACAGCAAGCCCACCGUCCACGUCGAUCUCAUCAAGUCGGUGACCAGCACCAAGAUCAAGUUGACCGACCGCGUCCAGAUGUCCGAGUCUGUUCUGAAGAAGUGGAACACCACCUCCACUGAUGCUCAGAAGAAGAACUUCUGGGCAGGCGAAUCGGAAGACUUCUACCCCUUCAACUCGUCUCCUCUCUUCGCUGACGAGGAUCGCUACUCCUUCCCCUACUCCGCCAUUGGUCUCGUCGUCGUGUGGAACUACGUCAACGAAUGGAGCGGUGGCGAAUGGGUCGAGUGGGAGGCCGUGUACUCCUGCACUGGAACCGUCGUGGGUCCCUCUAUGGUCCUGACCGAGUCGCUUUGCGCCGUGGGCUUGGGCGAGCGCGUCACGUUCUACCCUUCACCGAUACUCCUUGCAACUCCUUCGAGGGCACCUCUCUCGGCGCUGUGGGAAGCGAUCUGGGGUUACGACUACGAAGACGCCCAGAAACGCGGUAUUGAAGGCUAUGAUCUCAGCGAGUUUGGCCUGCUUGUCAUCGAGCGUAAGAAUCCCGCCGAAGCUCCUGUCCAGACAUACACUGUGGGAUCGCAGACUGGUUGGCUGGGCCUCACGUUGGGCAGCCACUACGAAGUGCACAGCAUGGUCGGCUACACCCUGAACCCCCUGUGGUUCCUCGACAUUUUUGGUAAGAGGGGUGCGGAAGGAGACGUGGAGACAAUCGCGACCAUCGUCUCUGACCUGAAGGUUAGUCAGUCUCUACCCGCCGCCGAGGAGCUGGGCGGUAUCCUCUUCCCUACCGACAUGCUCUCCGUCGGCGCCCCGAUGGUCCUCAACUUGGGACCGGCCGGCUACGACUUCGAUGGCGAUGAGGGCCGUAAUGGCCGUCUCAUCGAACGCAACCUCGUCACGGGAGUAGUGAGCUCGUACGGCCUCGGCUCCAACUUCCUCCUCGGCGUUGUCAUGCAGCCGUUCGGCCAGGAGUUCGCCGAGGUCUACUCCGCGCUCUGUACCGACUUCUGCUGGGCGUGCCCCCCCUACUACCAGGCGGACAGGUCCCUUUCUCAGGCACCCGCUCGUCCCACCGGAAACGACAUCCUCUCCACCCAGGAGUUCUACUUCCCUGAGCUCACGCGUAGUGCCAAGAGCCAGCCCAAGGGGUCUGGGCCUCGUCUCCCCACCACUGGCCACAAGGCUAGCCUUUCCCUCGUCGCACGCAACACCAUCAAGGUGAGCGAGAGCCUGGCCCGCAGCUUCAGCAACUCCUCCACCCAGGAGAAGAACUCCAUCGUCGAGGACGGGCCAUUCUCCUCGUCGCCCAUCAUCGUCGCCAGCAACCGCUUCCAGUUCCCCUACACCGCUCUCGGCAAGGUCUUCACCUUCGACGCUGAGAGUGAUGUCUUGGUCUCUCACUGUACCGGUGCCGUGAUCGGCCCGCGCAUGGUUCUGGCCGCUCCCGAGUGCCUGUGCCCGGUCCAAGACACCCAGUACCGCUGGGAGUUCUACCCCGCGUGGCAGCAGCUGUCGUUCGACAGCGACGAACUCAUGGGCACCAGCUUGGGUAAGUUCGAGGGCGAGGCCGCCUACACCAACACCGACCACUUCCAGGGCUACUACUCGAGCAACGCCGGUAUUCUCGUCACCAAGGUCGCCACGGACCCCAAGUUCAGCUGGAGGACCUACAACGUGGGCGGAGUGACAGGCUGGUUCGGCAUUGACUUCGCCCUCGGGGAUUACGACAUGCGAUACAACCUGAUGACUCAGGCCGCCUACUCUGAGUCGCACUUCCCUGGCCGCAUCCAGGUCGCCACCACGCCCCUCGGUGGCUAUGGCUCCAUCGCCGCUCCCGCCGGUUCGCUCGACACCGCCGCCUACGGUUACUACACCGAUAUCCUCCGCACGGCCGGUGUGCCCACCAUCAUCAACUUCGGCCCGCUCAACCGCGACCUCGGCGACCUCGGCGAGGUCGGAGGUGAAUACGUCCGCCGCAACGUCAUCGGUGGCCUUGGCGGGAUUCCCGACGACCAGGUCACCUCGGAUGACGACGCCAACUCGUGGACGCAACCUCUGGGUCCCUGGUUCUACAACAUUAAGGACGAGGCCUGCUCCCACUGCGAGGCGUGCGGCGACCUUACCACCGCGUUCUGGCUGUACGACCUGCCCGCAACGGGACCCGGGUAUACCCAGUCCGACGAGGUUGUGAACCAGUGCGCGUAUGAGCUUCUUAGCGAGUCGGGCAUGUUUGAGCGCGGUUUUGGCGCCUGCUGCUUCAUUGGCAAGCGUGCGGGCCUGCGCAGCGAGCGCGGCGGUUGCUGCCUGAAGCGUGGCCCCCUCGGCAUCGAUGAGUGCGACUUCUAA